AUGCCGCACCGAACGUACAAUAUCGCUAUGGUUAGCGAUUUCUUCUUCCCCCAACCCGGUGGUGUCGAAAGUCACAUAUACCAGCUAGCUUCCAAGUUAAUUGACCGAGGUCACAAGGUUAUCGUGAUAACUCAUGCUUAUGACGACCGGAAAGGAGUUCGCUACCUCACGAACGGCAUCAAGGUCUUCCACGUUCCUUUCGCCGUCAUCUACCGAUCAGCUACUUUUCCAACCGUCUUCUCUUUCUUCCCCCUCUUCCGAAACAUUAUCAUUCGGGAAAGGAUCCAGAUCGUUCAUGGACAUGCAAGCUUGAGUACCCUCUGCCAGGAGGCAUUGUUGCAUGCCAGGACUAUGGGACUACGGACAGUUUUUACUGAUCAUUCGCUAUUUGGCUUCGCUGAUGCGGCAAGCAUCUUAACUAAUAAGCUAUUAAAGUUCACACUCAGCGAUGUAGACCAUGUAAUAUGUGUCAGUAAUACAUGUAAGGAAAACACUGUUCUCCGAGCAGCUCUAGAUCCCCUCAUGGUCUCUGUUAUUCCCAAUGCCGUUGUCUCCGAGAAUUUCUUACCUCUACCCCGUCCGGACCCGAAUAGUCUACCGUUUGUUCAACAUCCGUUACCAGCGCACCCCCUUGGACCCAACGAUACCCUCACUAUCGUAGUGAUUAGUCGUCUGUUUUACAACAAGGGAACAGACUUGCUGAUCGCAGCUAUCCCUCGAAUUCUCGAGAAUCAUCCGAACACGCGCUUCAUCAUUGCCGGCUCGGGACCAAAAGCUAUUGAACUGGAGCAGAUGAUUGAACAGAACGUACUACAGGACAAGGUCGAGUUAUUGGGACCUGUACGACACGAAAACGUACGUGACGUGAUGGUAAGAGGUCACGUCUACCUGCACCCCAGUCUCACAGAAGCCUUCGGAACGGUUAUCGUCGAAGCUGCGAGCUGCGGUUUAUAUGUUGUAUGUACGGCAGUUGGGGGUAUUCCCGAGGUGCUUCCUUCACACAUGACGGUAUUUGCGAAGCCCGAAGAGGAUGACCUAGUAGCUGCGACAGGAAGGGCAAUUGCUGCCCUCCGGGCGAAUAAGGUCCGCACGGAGAAAUUCCACGACCAGGUCAAAGCCAUGUAUUCGUGGACCAACGUAGCAAAACGUACCGAGCGCGUUUACCGAGGUAUUUCGGGGGAUAUCAGCGAGGCUGAGUUUUACGGUUUUGACGUUAAUCAUGAUCCACAUUGGCACGCCACCCGCGGUCGCAACUUUUCUCUGAUUGACCGCCUCAAGCGCUACUAUGGUUGUGGUGUUUGGGCCGGUAAGCUGUUCUGCCUAUGCGUCAUCAUCGAUUACCUGAUAUUUGUGUUCUGUGAGUGGUACUGGCCCAGGGAUCGGAUUGAUUUCGCACGAGAUUGGCCAAGGAAGAAGUUUGAAGGUGACGAUGAUGAUUAG